AUGGGGAAAUUCUCCCUGUAUGAUGACAGAGAAACACAAAUGUUGACUGUGAGUAUUAGAAAUGUAACUGAGCAGGACUCUGGUGAAUACUGGUGUGGAGCUGAAGCAGCCUGGACAUCUGAUCAUGGAUACAAGGUUUAUUUCACACAGAUCAACCUGACAGUUACUGAUCCACAUGUCCCAGUUUCAACCUCGAUAUCAACACAACCUUCAUCAUCAUCAUCAUCAUCCUCAUCAUCAUCAUCACCAUCAUCAUCAUCCUCUUCUGAGCCUACUCCAGCUUCUCCUCCAGCAGGAUUUCCAGUUUCCACUGUGAUCACUGUGUCUGUAAUUCUGCUGCUGCUUCUGAUUGCAAUCUCAUUCCUCUUUGUGAUUCUACAAAAAAGACAGAAGAUGCAAGGAGGUACAGCUUCUACUGGCAGGAGUUCUGUCCAAACCUCAGGAAAUCACCAAGGGGUUCCUCCUGAUAUCUGUUUCUAUGAGGAGAUUAAAGACACCAGACGACUUCCUGCCUCAGACGCUGGAUCUUCUUCAGUUUGCUCUACUGCACAACUACCCACAAUCCUCUCUGAUCCUCAACCUGUUUAUUCAAACACAGAGUUACCCACAAUCCUCUGUGAUUCUGCUGUUUAUUCUACUGCACAACUACCCAUAAUCCCCUCUGAUCGGGACAUCUGCUCCACAGCUCAGUUACCCACACGUCUCUUGGCUGAGAAAUCUGAUGAAGGUCUGACUUACGUAGCAGUGAGUUUUCACUCCAGGGCCACCAGCUCUAAUGAUGCAGUUCCACAGAUUCUCUUUAAGAAGGAAGAGGUCUCGUGUGAUUAUGAUACAGUCAGUCAUGUUACUUCAUGAGGCUAGUGUCUCAUCAUUAGGACUCCAACCAUGUGGCACUGGAACUCUACCGCUUUGUUUAGAUUCUUCUUCCUCUUCUUCUUCUUUUUCUUCUUCUUCUUCCUCUUCUUCCCCUCCACAGCUUGAGCCCAAAACAAUAUCUGAAGCAAAAUCCAGUAAUGUGCCUGAACAGAUGCACUGAAGAUAUCUGUAUCAGAUGUUAUAGUGGUGAGAUAGCACCACAAUUGGCUGAAAAUUCUUGUUUCUCAUCAUCAUUAGAAAGCCCAAAGCCAUAAGUACCUACUUCAGUUCUGAGCUAUUGUUCACGAUGUGUGAAUCUUAGGGCCCUUUUCCCCUAAAGUAUAGAUUCUACACAAUUUUAUCCCCAAUAAUCCAGUCAGUAUCUCAUUUUGGUGCUUGUACAAUGCUGACCAACUGACUGCAAGUGAGUCAAGUCAUGUAGUUUCAGUGUCAGCCAUGUGUCAGCUAUUCUGUGUGUGAAAGUCAUGUAGUGUGAACACCGCCAAAGUGCGGUAAGAGCAGUGAGAACAGGAACCUCUGACCAAGUAUGAUUUUACAAGCCCUUUUCUGCACGUCUUCCUGUUGUUCCUCUUCCUCAAGCUUCCUGUUGGCUGAGGUCAACAUGUGGUCCUCCUGACUGUCCCAUCUCAAGUUACCCUGGAUGAUAACCCCCAGGACUUUGACUAUGUCACAAACGUCCAAUAUGUUCUGAUCAGUGGAGAGGCUCGGCCUGGCCGGUCUAUGUCUCAUGCUGGUAACGUAAAACUUUACAUUUCCUUGAGUUGAGUUUCAUUUUAUGUUCCUCUACCCAGUUGUUAAGACCAUUCAGGGUCUGUCCAGAGGGUACAGGGUAGUUGGGGUGUCCACAUCUGGGCCAAUGUCAUAUCAUCCACAUAUUUCCAGUAAUCUGUUCCAUCCAGGAGAGCACUGUUAAUCAGCGUUAAGAAGACUAUAAGCCCUAGUACGAAUCCCUGUGCAACUCCACAUGUUUGAUAUUCCCAAUCAGAGAGAUAUCCCUGAUGAUGCACUUUUUGGCGAUGGACAGUCGUGAAGCUGCAAAUUCAAGAGAUUAGGUCCGGUCUCACUGCACGAUCGAGGAGGCCUUGUACUGUCACUGUGUGAUCUACAGCAUCAAAUGCCUUGGCAAAAUCCGUCGUGAUUAGUGUGCACACUGAGCCCGAAACAUCACAGGCCUUGUACACAUCAGUCCAUCAAACUAACUAGACUGUGUGUUGUGGAAUAUUUUGUUGUGUUACAUGGGAUCUAAAUUUGGCGUGAUGUCAUUCAGAAUCCAGUGCGCAGCAAUCUGUUCACAAAUUUCAUGAGUGGUCCACUUACUUCAAUGGAUUUCCUUAGUUCAAGGAAACUAGAAAACUUGGGCUGUCAUGGUCCACAAGGGAAAUUCCACCUUGGGCCACUAGAGGGCACCCUGACUUCUUGUUCUAUUGUCUCACUGAUUUCCUGUCUCAGUCAUGCCCACCUGUUUGUUAUUUCUUGAUUAGUUGUUCUAUUUAAGCUCCUUGUGUUCUCACUUUGUUUGCUGGAGCAUUAUGUUCAUGUUAUGUUAAGUUUUGUUAGUUCCAUUUGAUGUUUGUACUAGGCAUAGUCUUUUUGAUAGUUUAAGUAGUGUUUACUUUCUGGUUGUUUUGGUUGUUUUGCAUUUGUAUCCGCCUCCAUGGACUCGUCUUCGUGACGUGGGCUGGCCGGAGUGGCCUAAAACAAAACGUGUCCAGUUUUGUAAAAGAAAUGGUGUGAGAUCAGUGCUUUGAAAGAAUCUUGUAUUGUCUUCUCUAAUAGUUGCAGAUUGUGGUUCAGUUUCUUAUUCAUUUAGUCUUUUCAUUUAAUUUUUUAAAUAAUUUAUACGUGUACUGAUAUAAUGUUGCUUUUCAUGACUUUUUUAUUUUAUUUGCUAAAUUAUUACAAUAAAUAUAACUCUGAAACUUU